AUGGUGGGCGAUCCCAUCGACAUCUCCGAUCCGACCUGCUGCAUACUUACCAGCAGCAGCAUCCUCCCCCCCUUCUCCCCUUCCUUCCGCUCCCCUCCCGUCCCUCCUCUCCUCGCUCGUCCCUGCCCUCACUGCUCACAGGUGGUAGUGAUGGUAGUGAUGGUGGGCGACCCCAUUGACAUCUCCGAUCUGCUGCUCGCUUACGGCCAUCAGCAGCACCAGUACCAGCAUCGGCACCAUCAGCAGCAGCACCACCACCAUUUCGACCACCUCCCCGACAGCCAGCACGCACAGCCUGACCAGCACACCAUCGCUCACACCACCAGCACCCCCACCGACCAACACACCCCCCAUCCGCCCUCCUCCCUCUCUCCACACCCGUCUCCUUCCCCUGCGCUGCUGGACGCCAUCUGUUCGCGCAUAGGGGCGCAGCUGCAGCGUCUGCACGCCACCUUGCUGGCGCAUGAAAGCCACCUGCUUGAAGGGGGAGUUGCACUUGAAGGGGCGUUGCCGGGGGGAGAGUCGUUGGGAGUGGAGGGGCGUGUGCGUGAUAGGGAGAUGGCAGCACUGAUGGGUGGGGCAGUAGCAGGAGUGGUGGGUGGGGCAGUAGCAGGAGUGGUGGGUGGGGCAGUAGCAGGAGUGGUGGGUGGGGCAGUAGCAGGAGUGGUGGGUGGUAUGAACGAUGGUAUGAACGAGCUACAGCAGCUGCACUGGCAACCACACGCCACCGACAGUCGCGUUUCACAUUGGCCGUUCCCCCUCGCUGCCCAUCCCCUCAGCUGCUUGGAGGACCACAGAUGGCCCUCUCUCACACCCGCCUCCCACAUGGCUCGUGAUCCCCCCCCUGGUGGCAGCAGCACCGGCGCCACCAGGCGUGGUGCUGGGAGCCUGUUGCGAUCCCAGUGGGCAGAAGCAGCAGCAGCAGCAGCAAUGGCGGCAGCAGCGCGGGAGGCAGUGGUGAGGCAGCAGGAGGCGGAGAGGGUGGCGCUGCUGUUUGGCUUUGCUGCCCGCUGUGCCGUGGGUGGGGGGCAGGGGCGAGACAGAGAAGCAUCAUUGAUGUGA